CAGCUCUCCCAAGGUUCCUGCUUCUCUGUUCCUAUACCCUCGUUUAUCGUCUCCUACUCCCCCUGGAAUACCGUCCCCCUUCAUCCCCUCACUUCUUUCUCCCUCUGGGCUCUGCUUUGUAAAUAUUUAUGUAUGCCUGACUUCAAGAUCUCCGCUUCUCUGGAGGGUCACGGCGAUGAUGUUCGCGCUGUGGCCUUUCCCUAUCACAAUGCCGUCUUUUCCGCCUCUCGAGACGCGACGGUCCGACUCUGGAAGCUAGUCUCUACCCCGCCCCCGACUUACGACUACACCAUCACCUCCCACGGCUCGGCCUUCAUCAACACCCUCGCAUACUUGCCCCCAACCCUCGAAUACCCCGAAGGACUCGUACUCUCCGCUGGUCAAGAUACGAUCAUAGAAGCCAGACAACCCGGGAAAGCUUCGGAUGAUAAUGCGGAUGCGAUGCUUCUGGGCCAUGCGUCCAACGUCUGUGCCCUAGAUGUCUCGUCUGAAGGAGGUUGGGUGGUCAGCGGUAGUUGGGACUCAACAGCUCGACUAUGGAGGGUCGGGAAGUGGGAAACCGAUGUUGUUUUGGAGGAUCACCAAGGUAGCGUUUGGGCAGUGUUGGCCUAUGACAAGGAUACAGUCAUCACCGGCUGCGCGGACAAAGUCAUACGGAUAUUCAACACCUCGGGGAAUCUACUGAAAAGCAUCCAAGGUUCCCGCGAUGUUGUCCGGGCCCUUUGCAAACUUCCUCCUUCCCACCCCACGGGCGCACAAUUUGCUUCGGCGGGUAACGACGGGAUUAUCCGGCUUUUCACCCUACAGGGUCAGCAGGUUGCAGAGCUCCAUGGUCAUGAAAGCUUCAUCUAUUCUUUGGAUGUUUUGCCUUCGGGUGAAUUAGUCAGUGCCGGUGAAGACCGAACUGUUAGGGUCUGGAACGGUACACAAUGCGUGCAAACCAUCACUCAUCCGGCAAUCUCGGUUUGGGCCGUUGCUGCUUGCAAGGAGACCGGAGACAUUGUCACAGGUGCUAGCGACCGUAUCACUCGAGUCUUCACCCGGAGUGAGGAGCGAGUUGCCAUCCCCGAGGUUGUGCAGCAGUUUGAACAGACGGUCAAGGAGUCGGCCAUUCCGGAACAGCAAAUCGGCAAGAUCAACAAGGAGCAGCUCCCAGGGCCUGAUUUUCUCAAGCAGAAGUCCGGUACCAAGGAUGGCCAGGUACAAAUGAUUCGUGAAGAUAACGGCAGCAUCACAGCCCACACAUGGUCAGCAGCAUCGCAGGAGUGGAUAGCUGUGGGUACAGUUGUCGAUUCUGCUGCCAGCAGUGGAAAGAAAACAGAAUACCUCGGGCAAGACUACGACUAUGUUUUCGAUGUUGACGUCGAGGAUGGGAAGCCGCCUCUCAAGCUGCCGUUUAAUGUGUCACAGAACCCAUACGAUGCUGCCACAAAGUUUAUCCAGGACAACGAACUUCCAAUGACCUACCUUGAUCAAGUCGCUCAAUUCAUCGUACAAAAUACACAGGGUGCAACCCUUGGGCAAUCGUCUGAGCCCACGCCUGCAGGCGCUGAUCCUUGGGGCUCGGAGAAUCGCUACCGGCCCGGUGAUGCCUCUGCUGCACAGCCGCCAUCCAUUCCCGAGUCGCGUCCCAAAGUACUUCCACAACAGUCAUAUCUAUCUAUCAAAUCCGCCAACCUCAAAGUCAUCGCCAAGAAGUUGGGUGAGAUCAACGAUCAGCUCGUAUCAUCAGGAUCGAAAGAUGUCUCCCUCAGCCCCUCGGAGGUGGAGACGAUUGUUGCGUUAUGUGGCGAAUUGGAAUCUCCGGAAAAGCUGAAGCAGUCACCCGCCGUUGGAGCCGGGAUUCCCUUGUUACUCAAAAUCGCAACUGCCUGGCCCGUCGCAAACAGACUCCCAGGCUUGGAUCUCCUCCGUCUGCUAGCGGCCGCCACUCCUGCGACCGCCACCAUCAAUUACAAUGGCCAGGAUCUGUUCACCAGUCUGCAGGCUAGCGGCGUAUUCGAUGCCCCAUUGAAUGCAAACAACGCCAUGCUGACUAUCCGGAUGCUGGCCAACCUUUUCGAAACCGACACUGGUCGUCAAUUGGCUGUGAGUAGAUUCGAUCAGAUUAUAGCUGCCGCGAAGUCGGCCUUGACGAACGGUGGGGGCGCCAACCGUAACCUCACCAUCGCAGUCGCGACACUAUACAUCAACUUCGCAGUCUACCUGACAUCCGACGGAAGAGAAUCGGCUCCCGAGUCGUCCCAAAAGGGGUUGGUUCUUCUCGCAGAACUCACUCAGAUGGUCUCAGGAGAGAAGGACUCGGAAGCAGCAUACCGCAGUCUUGUUGCACUCGGCACGCUGGUCAAGGCGCUCGGCGAGGAAAUCAAGAGUGCCGCGAAGGAGGUUUACGACGUUGGUCAGCUUCUGGGAACGGUGUCAGGCUCUGGGAUCGGGAAAGAACCCAGAGUCAAGGGUAUUAUCGGCGAGAUUAAGGAAUCAUUGUCGUAAAUUCGGCGAGUGGCUUCUUCAAAGUUUCAGCGUUCGACUACAGCACCAUACACAUUUAACGAUAGCUAUGCACUAUACCGUCAUGAAUGGACAUUGUGAACCUAUUCCCGGGAAUUUCAGAUCUGCUCUUCCCGUUAAUAAUAAGAAUACCGCAACGGCAUAC